AAAGUAUCCGAACGCUUGAAAGAAGUUGGAAAUGAAUUGGAGGGAAAAUUUAAGGAUUCUUUCAGUAAUAUGUGCGAAAGAUUAACUAUUACGGAUACAACUGCUUACCCAACGUUUGUGGGUGUCGUUAAUGAGUUAUUUUCUACGGGUAUCAACUGGGGUAGGAUAGUCGCAUUUAUUGUUUUUUCAAGUAGGCUGGCGAUCCACUUUAAACGAAAUGGGAUGCCUGAAUACGUGAAGAGCGUUUAUGGAUGGGUUGCAAGAUAUAUGCAUACGAAAUUAUCUACCUGGAUCGAAGCGAACAGAUCUUGGGUGAGC